AUGAAGAAAACGUCUCUCAAGCUUGUCUUCUUGUUCUCCCUCACAGUCAUAGCAAUGUGUUCGUAUUUGGGAGAUGCAAGAGAGAUGGUGGAGGAAGAAGUGAAUUACCUCGGCGGUGACACCUUGGCGAUAUCACCUACAAUGACGAUCCCUGGGGAUUGCCGUAAAGAUUCUGAAUGCAAAGAGUUUUGUCCUAAGCUAUGCCCGGCUAUUGGAAAACACUGUUCUUCUUUGAGUGAUGCAAGAGAGAUGGCCAAAGAAGAAGUGAAUUGCAUCGGCGGAUGUCCUGAUGGAGAGAAGAACUCUAAGUGCUUGCCCUCUCCGGUAACACCUACUAUGGACAGUCAUGAGACCAGUGCAUCUUGCAGUAGAGACAGCGAAUGCAUCAAGUUCUGUCCUAAGGUCUGCAAGAUUGUUAACUGUAAUUUUGGAACCUGUUUCUGUUCGUAUUUGGGUGAUGCAAGACAGAUGGCAGAGGAAGAAGUGAAUUACCUCGACGGUCCUAGCUUGGCGCCGGUAUCACCUAUAAUGGUGAUCAAUGGUUUUUGUCAUAAAGAUCUUGAAUGCGGAAAGAACUGCCCUAGGGCCUGCACGUCUCAUGGAAGAUCUUGUAUCUGCUCGUGUCGUUCGAGAAAGUGUCAUUGUGCGUGUUAA